CUCAGGUCAGUUGCAUUCUGAGGUGACAUUUAUAUCAGUGUUAAAAACAGAGUCAAAGAGCAGAGAAGAGCAGAGCGACUUAACACACGUGUGCUUAAGACUGAGAUUUAGGGUAUAGAAAAUGGAUAAUGUCUAUGAGAACGCAGAUGACUUCUGGACACAGACAGACGUGAAUACAAAGAGACAAAAAACACUUCAGUCUACAGGAAGUGAGAAUGUGAGGAUGAGAUGUUACAGAUCAGCAACAGUGUGUUUGGUGCUGCUGUGUGUUCUUCUACUGACUGCAGUCAUAGUGCUGUGUGUCCUCAUCAAUACAAACAAUCAACAGUUUAACAUCAAGACCAAAAACAUCACAGAAGAAAGAGACCAACUACUAACCAAAUAUACCAACAUCACAGAAGAGAGAGACCAGCUACUAACCAAAUAUACCAACAUCACAGAAGAGAGAGAUGAAUUAAUGGCCAAAAACAACAAUAUUACUAAACUAAGUGAACAACUGAAUCAGGAGAAAAAUGAGCUGCGGACACGUUUGAAUGAUGGAUGGAUUAAAUAUCCCUGCAGUAUUUAUUUAAUUUCAUCUGAGAAGAAGAGCUGGACUGACAGCAGAAGUUACUGUAGAGAGAAAGGAGCAGAUCUGAUCAUCAUUAACAACAAAGAGGAACACGACUUUGUUCAGAAAAUUUCUGGUACAGAAUACAUCUGGAUUGGCUUGUCUGACAGUGAUGAGGAGGGCAGAUGGAAAUGGGUUGAUGGCAGCACACUGACCACUAGCUUCUGGAGGUCUGGAGAACCCAAUGGUGGUAAAACAGAGAACUGUGCUCUUAUACGUUCAUCAGGUUGGGCUGAUUUUCCAUGCAGUAAUGCUUAUAACUACAUCUGUGAAAAGAACAUUUAAAAUAAGUUGUUAAAUGAAAUACAUGUUAAUUCAGUAAUCUGUGAACAUGCGAGAGCUUUUAUGGAUGAACACAAAUAACUUCAAGAAAUCAAUUCAGAUUCAAUCUACCUGAGCAGAUAAAAAUGUAUAUAGCGAUUUAAGUAAAACAUAGUACAUAUAUCUUCCAUAGCAAAACUUCUGUAUUUCAAGAUUUCUAUAUUGUGAUGCA